AUGUCUCUAUACUUAAGUCUGAAGUAUUGGAUUACCCAAUACAAAUUGGGCUCCCAACCUACUGUUGUGCAUUUCAGUGCUAGUUUUUCAAAUACAUAUCUACAAACACAACUAAUCCCGUUCCGUGCUCUGUUUCUUGAUCACUCCAUUACCGUCUUCAUGGGAAUACAACACGCCGGAAUCCGAAUUCUGGCGAUCACGGUAUUCAUCCUCGUAGUUGCCCCUGUUUCCAAUUCCCGCAACAUCCACAGGAUUACAAUCGAAGGUUUCAAUCAAAGAUUCCAACCAAAACAUCAUUCCUAUUCCAAGCAUCCAUGGCAUACAACAGCAGCAGCAGCUCCUAAAGAAUCCAGGAAUUACAACACCGACCCGAUUACCGGUGUUUCAAAACGGGAAACUCCCGGUGGCCCAAACCCUCUUCACAAUUGA